ACGGCGCGGCGGCGGGCACCGGAGGCCGAGCGCGGAGGCUCCCGAAGCGCACCCAGCGGCUUGGCGAGGCGGCCCGCGGCCCGGCGGACACCUGGAGGCGAGAGCGGGCGCCGGCAGUAGGCGGCGGCGGCAGCUCGUAGGCGGCAGCGGCGAGGAUGCUGACUGGGAGGCUGUGCUGGGUGUCGCUCCUGCUGGUUCUGGGCGUAGGGAGCGGCAGCGGCGGCGGGGGCAGCCGGCAGCGCCGUCUUCUCGCGGCUAAAGUGAACAAACACAAGCCAUGGAUUGAGACUUCGUAUCAUGGAGUCAUAACAGAGAACAAUGACACAGUCAUUUUGGACCCACCACUGGUCGCCCUGGAUAAAGAUGCACCAGUUCCUUUUGCAGGAGAAAUUUGUGCAUUCAAGAUCCACGGCCAGGAGCUGCCCUUUGAGGCCGUGGUGCUCAACAAGACGUCGGGAGAGGGCCGGCUCCGCGCCAAGAGCCCCAUCGACUGUGAGCUGCAGAAGGAGUACACCUUCAUCAUCCAGGCCUAUGACUGUGGCGCAGGACCCCAGGUGACCGCCUGGAAGAAGUCCCACAAGGCCGUGGUCCAUAUCCAAGUGAAGGACGUCAAUGAAUUUGCUCCCACCUUCAAAGAGCCAGCCUACAAGGCCGUGGUGACAGAGGGCAAGAUCUACGAUAGCAUCCUGCAGGUGGAGGCUGUCGACGAGGACUGCUCCCCCCAGUACAGCCAGAUUUGCAACUAUGAAAUCGUCACAACAGAUGUGCCUUUCGCCAUUGACAGAAAUGGCAACAUCAGGAACACAGAGAAGCUGAGCUAUGACAAGCAACACCAGUAUGAGAUCCUGGUGACCGCCUACGACUGUGGACAGAAGCCUGCAGCUCAGGACACCCUGGUGCAGGUGGAUGUGAAGCCAGUUUGCAAGCCUGGCUGGCAAGACUGGACCAAGAGGAUCGAGUACCAGCCUGGCUCAGGGAGUGUGCCCCUGUUCCCCAGCAUCCACCUGGAGACGUGUGACGGGGCCGUGUCCUCCAUCCAGAUCACCACAGAGCUGCAGACCAACUACAUCGGGAAGGGCUGUGACCGUGAGACCUACUCUGAGAAAUCCCUGCAGAAAUUAUGUGGAGCCUCCUCUGGAAUCAUUGACCUCUUGCCAUCCCCCAGCACCGCCACCAACUGGACUGCAGGACUGCUGGUGGACAGCAGCGAGAUGAUCUUCAAAUUUGACGGCAGGCAGGGUGCCAAGAUCCCUGACGGGGUUGUGCCCAAGAACCUGACGGACCAGUUCACCAUCACCAUGUGGAUGAAGCACGGCCCCAGCCCUGGCGUGAGAGCUGAGAAGGAAACCAUCCUCUGCAACUCAGAUAAAACUGAAAUGAACCGGCAUCACUACGCCCUGUACGUGCACAACUGCCGGCUCGUCUUUCUCUUGCGCAAAGAUUUCGACCAGGCAGAUACCUUCCGCCCCGCGGAGUUCCAUUGGAAGCUGGACCAGAUUUGUGACAAAGAAUGGCAUUACUAUGUCAUCAAUGUGGAGUUUCCUGUGGUUACCCUAUACAUGGAUGGAGCAACGUAUGAACCAUACCUGGUGACCAACGAUUGGCCCAUUCAUCCAUCUCAUAUAGCCAUGCAACUUACAGUCGGCGCUUGUUGGCAAGGAGGAGAAGUCACCAAACCACGCUUUGCUCAAUUCUUCCACGGCAGCCUGGCCAGCCUCACCAUCCGCCCGGGCAGAAUGGACAGUCAGAAGGUGAUUUCCUGCCUGCAGGCCUGCAAGGAAGGGCUGGAUAUCAAUUCCCUGGAGAGCCUGGGCCAAGGAAUAAAGUAUCAUUUCAACCCCUCGCAGUCCGUCUUGGUGAUGGAAGGUGAUGACAUUGGAAACAUCAACCGUGCCCUCCAGAAGGUCUCCUACAUCAACUCCAGGCAGUUCCCAACCGCGGGUGUGCGGCGCUUAAAAGUCUCUUCCAAAGUCCAGUGCUUUGGAGAAGACGUGUGCAUCAGUAUCCCCGAUGUGGAUGCCUACGUGAUGGUUUUGCAGGCCAUCGAACCCCAGAUCACCCUCCGUGGCACUGACCGCUUCUGGAGACCCGCUGCCCAGUUUGAAAGCGCCCGAGGGGUCAUUCUCUUCCCCGACAUCAAGAUUGUGAGCACCUUCACUAAAGCUGAGGCCGCUGGUGACUUGAAGACCACAGCCCCCAAAUCAGCAGUUUUAGAAGAAAUGCUUCACAACUUAGAUUUCUGUGACAUCUUAGUGCUGGGAGGGGACUUGGACCCAAGACAGGAGUGCCUGGAGCUCAACCACAGUGAGCUCCACCAGCGACACCUGGACGCCACCAACUCCACGGCUGGCUACUCCAUCUACGGUGUGGGCUCCAUGAGCCGCUACGAGCAGGUGCUGCAUCACGUCCGCUACCGCAACUGGCAGCCGGCUGCCCUGGAGGCACGGCGAUUCAGGAUCAAGUGCUCGGAGCUCAAUGGGCGCUACACCAGCAAUGAGUUCAACUUGGAGGUCAGCGUCCUCCACGAGGUCAGAGUCCCAGACAAGGAGCAUGUCAACCACCUUGUUGUGCAGCCUCCCUUCCUCCAGUCGGUCCACCACCCCGAGUCCCAAAGUAGCCUCCAGCGCAGUUCAGUGGUCCCGAGCAUCGCCACAGUGGUCAUCAUCAUCUCCGUGUGCAUGCUAGUGUUUGUCGUGGCCAUGGGCGUGUACCGCGUCCGGAUCGCCCACCAGCACUUCACCCAGGAGGCUGAGGCUGCCAAGGAAGCCGAGAUGGACUGGGACGACUCUGCACUCACUAUCACGGUCAACCCCAUGGAGAAACACGGAGACCCAGGACGUGGGGAAGAUGAGACAGAGGAAGAGGAGGAGGAAGAGGAAGCAGAGGAAGAUGGUAGCUCCAGCAGCAGCGACUCUGAGGGCAGCGAAGAGGAGGAGGAGGAGGAAGGGGUGGGCAGGGGCAGACGUGGGCAGAGUGGAGCCAGGCAAGCCCAGCUGGAGUGGGAUGACUCCACCCUCCCCUAUUAGUGCCCACGUCCGCGCUCACCCACGUGUUCCUUUUAUAAGCCCCACCCCAACGUCCGCCCGAGUCUAUCACAUGUCGCCUCUGAUUUCUAGGACAGGCCUGGGAGGGUCUUUUCCCCAGCAUUCGGGAACCCACUCUCUACGCCUGGGGCACUCCCCAAUAUCCCAGCCCUGGGGCGGUUCCCAGGAGCCCAGCGUCAUCGUCCAUGGGGACUUCAGGGUGGCCUUUGUCCUGGAGCCCCCACUUCUCCUGCCCUGGGCUCACCCAGCAUCCUAUCAGCCCAUCUGUGGGUUCUGCCUUCGCUCUUCCCUGCAAGGGAGAAUGGCGGCCUUUAGGUCCCUCACCUACCUGGGCUCCACAUUCCCAGAGCCCUUAGGUUCCAGCCCACUGUGCAUGGACCUGGCACAGACUGGUGGGUUCUCCUUACCCUACAGGCAGGUGGUCAGGUUUCACAGAUCUGAGAUCUCAGUCCUCAGCACUUCAAAGGAACAUCCUGACAAAGCAGAAUUAAGUUUACAGGGAAAGGUUUACCAAGGCUGGGCGCGUGCACACCCACAUGCACGCAUGCUCUCAGCUUGGAGAGCCUUUCCCUUUGUCCUUGUUUUUCCUCUUUGUCCCUUUUGAGGCCACAGAAGCUUAUAUGAAAAGUUGGAAACCAAGGAUAUGUCCUUGGGAGUUCCCAUUGUAGCUCAGCUGGUUAAGAACCCUACAUUGUCUUUGUGAGGAUGCAGGUUCGAUCCCUGGCCUUGAUAAGUGGGUUAAGGAUCCGGUGUUGCCAUGAGCUGUGGUGUAGGUUGCAGAUGUGGCUGGAUCUGGCAUGGCUGUGGCUGUGGCAUAGGCUGGCAGCUACAACUCCGAUUCAACCCCUAGCCUAGGAACUUCCAUAUGCUUCAGGCAUGGCCUUAAAAAGACCAAAAAAAAAAAAAAAAUAGGUUCUUGGCCAUAGCAGGUCUGGUUCUAGCCAAAGCUCUCUGAGAACCUGCCUUCCUGAGCCCCGAGGGGCUGCCCUGCUGGGACCUCCCACCGCACGACACCAUGGGAGCCAGGAAGUGUUCCACACAGGCUCUGCCCCAGGUGACAGCUAUGACAAGCCUAUAGCCAGGGAUUAAAAGUAAGGGCUGAUAACAGGGCUGGGCUUCAUAGUGGAUACAGAGCUGGGUGAUGGGGUGGCUGGGCUCUCCCAGGGCCGGAGGGGGCCCCGAAGUUCACAAGGCUCUCACCAGCUAGUUUUAGGGUCCCUCAUCCCCUAGUUCACAGUUUUGCCUCUUGAAAAGGUACAUUCCUCUUGGAUGUAUUGGAACAAGCAUGAACCCUGCCAAAUCUAAAAUAAGAGUUUGGAGAUUUAACUGCUAGAAAUUAGAAGCGUAUUUGCAAAAAUAACAGCUUCUUUCUUCUUCUCAGAAAGGGAGCAACAUUUUGGGUGGAGGGCAAAUAUAUCCAAAACCUAAUUUCUGUCUUUCUUUCUUCUUUUUUUAAAUGAGGAAAUCUUUUCCAUUUCCAUCUUAACAUGGACACUUUGGGAGUUGCUAUAGUAACUGGUCUGUGAUCUUCUGUGGCCAAAAGAAUAGCAGGCAAGAGCGAGGACUGUUAUAGGACUUCGACAAGGCUCUGUGAACGUCUUUGUUUCAAAUGUUUUAGGCUUUGUCAUCAAUGUGCACCAUCUGUCCCCACCCUCCCCAGUCUGUCCCAUAUUGGCUUGGCACAGCCACAGAGCUGGUCCCUAGUCACAGGGCAUUUGUGUUCAAAAGAAAGUCCAGAAUCUGUUCAUUCUUCUCCCUGUAUCACCAACUCAAAGCUUAGAAAGGAGGACAGGCAUCAGUGUCCUCUAGCCUGACCCCCAGCCAGUGAGGACCCCUGACAGAGCUUAGCAAGCUUCUGAUUUGAGGAAACCACCUUCUGCACCUCUUUCCAUCAUCUAAAGUGUUUUUCACAUCGGUUCCCUCUUUGAGCCUCACAAUAAUCCUGUGAGGUAGUUAAGACAUCUGUUGUUAGACCCAUUUUCAUGAUUGAGUAGACAGGGGUUCAGAGAUUCAGCAUCUUGCCCAGAGUCAUGCCGAGGUAGAGAGGAGACCAGACUCCCCACCAUCCACUCCUGGCCUAGUGCCCACCACCCAGAUUCUACUUACAUUCAGAUUCAUGCAGCUAAGAGGUGUUGCUGAGGACCUACUAUGCGCUAAGCACUCUACCAGCAACUGUGGGAAAGGAGGAAAACAGAUAAAACACCUCCAUCAAAGGACUUGAUAGUUGCAGAGGAGAAAUCAGGCAUCAGGCGUAGAAAUUAUACAAGAGACAAAUGCAGAGGGAGGGAGAGGAGAAGUCAUGGGGAGAACAGGGACAUGGUCGCAAACUCAACUCAUACGUUUACUUUCCCUUCCUGGGAGAAAACCCUAGCAGGAGUCUGGGGUUUUUCAGUCAUUGAAUGGAAAGAGACACUUGUGUGAAUUCUCCCAGUCACAUAGCCCUUGUCUAUCAGGCUGUGUCUGCUCAUCUACAAGGAGAAAAUCUUGAAUUUUUAGUCCUCACAAUCCCCUUAGUUGAAUAAAAAAAGAGGUUCUUCAGUUAGGUAUUUCGGAGCUCAUAGAAUUCUUCUAAAAUUAUGGCAGUAAAGUGAACACUUUAUGAUGUUUAAAAUCAGUUCUUUUUGAAUUGGAUUUUGAUUUAAAAUAUUAAGUCUGGUGUUCAUGAAAGUGUUUCCCUCUGCUGGGCCUUUCGGUUUGGCUGGGCUGGGGAAAGUGGUCCUCGUGCCCUCUGCUGCCUCCGAUGGCUGCAUCACUUAUUCAUGGUUGAAGGAGCUGUUUGGGGCACAUGGAAUCAUUAUAUGCUUGCGGGGGUGGAGGGAGAGGGUUGCAGGGGUAAUGGAGCAGGUGAAAGUGGCACUUGGCCAGAGCUGCGGAGUUGAUUCAUUUGUGCCUGGACUCAUACAGAGAGAAAUAUUAGGGUCAACCCUGCCGUGGGAGGUCACUCUGCAUGCCAGCCCCAAGGACGAGGCCCUUAAAAUGAUGCUGCUGAGUCAAUGGGCGUUUAUUGUGUUCCCAGUGCCCUACCUGAUCAGCACCAUGGGUGAGAACAAGAAGGGGCAGUUACAUAAAAGGAACAGAAGCUUCAGGGAGCAUCAGGGUGAGUGAUGAGUAAUGUAACUUGCCCUCUACCAGGGAUUCUAACCACAGGUGGAAAAUGUCAUUAAUCAGCCCAGCAUCUUUACAGCCUCCAUCUGCUGGCAUCUGGGAACCCAAACUCCCAGAUGGCCAGGUCCCCUGUGGCCUCUUACCCAGACAGCGGCAGCAGCAGAUGCAGAUUUGUACCAGCAGGAACAGCUGACUAGCUUGGCCACAGGCCAGACCAUUGCUUGUCUUGCCAAAGGGAAUGACUAGAUCCUGCUCUCUGGAGGUUGAAAACACACAGGCUGAAACACCUCUCACGUGACACAGGUGACAAGGAGGAAGAGAAAGAGGAGGUUGAAAUGGAAAAAGCCAGUACAGAAUGAGUUGUCCCAAUGGAGUACAGCCAUCAGCUAGCUGGUCAUAGGCCUUAAAAGAUACUCAAAGUACAUUCUAGCAGGUUUAGCCCAAUGCCACGCAUCUGACCAUGAAUGAGACCAGCCACAGACUAUAUACUUAAAAAAUGGGUAUGGCUAUAUUCCCCGCCAAAACUUUCUUUAUGAAUACUUAAAAAAAAAAAAAGCAGGAAGCUUGAAUUCAUAUUAUUGUCACAUCACAAAAUUGUAUUACUCCUUUGAUUUUUAAGUAUUUAAAAAUAGAGGAGUUCCUGUUGUGGCUCAGCAGGUUAAAGACCCAACAUUGCCUCUGUGAGGAUGUGGGUUCCAUCCCUGGCCUCACUCAGUGGGUUAAGGAUCCAGGGUUGUGUGAGCUGCAGUGUAGACUGCAGAUGUGGCUCAGAUCUGGUAUUGUCUUGGUGGUGGUAUAGGCCGGCAGCUUUGGCUCCAAUUCGACCCCUCGCUUGGGAACUGCUAAAUGUUGCAGAUGUGACCAUACAAAUAAAAUAAAAUUUAAAUGUAGAAACCUUUCUGAGCCCACAGGCCUUAUAAAAACUAGUAGCCGGCCAGAUUUGGCCUGUGGGUCUCAGUUUGCACACCCCAACCACAUAUGUGAGGCCAGCAGCCCUCCAUCUGCCAAGGAAGGCAAAUUACUAUCUUAGACCCUCUCAUCAUCUACCCAGUGGACUUUGCCUCCAAAAUGAUUAGCAAACAACUCUUCAGUCCUUCAUUAAGCUGUUUAAAAAAAAAAAAAAUCCAUGUUCCAGGGGGAAAACAAACAAACAAAAAAUACCUGUUACUUGUUGCAUUGACUCAACCACAGACAAGCACCCAUCACAAGCUGAGAGUCUUGGGUCCAGGAACUGGCUGACCACUGAGCACGGUCCCCAUUGAGUUAGCUAAGGGCUAACUCCCAGGUGCAGGGCCUCCCACAGCGACUCAGCCCAUACUGAUUUCUAAGCAGGAACGUUCAUUAUCUCAGACUGAUUUCCAUUCAGCCCUGCUCAUGCCAUUGCUCUAAAAAUGAUCUUAAAGACUUGUGACUGUUUGAAUCAAUACAACAUAAUCAGUAGAAAACCCGACCCAGCACACUUCAAAAUUAGCAGUCUUCUUGGCCGUGUGAUUCAAUAUUAGCCAGAGGAAAAAAGGGAGGUCUUUUUUUUUUUUUUCUCAGCCAUCCCCUCAUUCAAAUUAACCAAAUUGGUUUUACACAAAAAGUGAGCGAGCUGGUCUAAGCCAUUGAAACAAUUUACCAGUGCAAAGUAGAUGCUUCUCAGGGAAGAUCAUGCUGAGCCUUUGGGAGAUGCCCAAAGCCUCCUGGAUGCACUCUGGCAGGCUAGGAUGCUACACCAUUCUCUAUCUGCAUCAGACAUUUAUCGAGACUGACAAGUCAAAGCCCUGGGCACAAUUUAAUUUUCAUGUAACCACUUUCCAUUGUCCAGCUGUAGGCAAAGGAAAUGAGUAAUGAAAGUUUUGAAGUCUACUCCAGCACCUUCAUUUCCCUGCCUUGAUUUGCUUUACUUUAUAAAUUUAUUCUGUACCUACUUUAUAGAUCUUGCUCUAGCUGUCCUUUGAGCACCAACCAGAAAGAAGAGUUAGCUCGGUAAGGGCGGUGGGCGAGAGGCCAAACUUGACUAUCCCAGGGAGACGAAAAGAGACAGAAGUUGUUACCUCCCCCAGCACCCCAGAAAGCAAUCAGACACCCCCUGUGUGCCAUCAGUGAACAGAUGGGAUUCUGUGUUUGCCGUUAUGUUUCAUAUAAUUCAGCAAACCCUUGCUCAGCACCUGUGGUGUGCCAGGCCCUGUGCCAGGUACAGGGAAUGGAGGGUGGAUGAAAGGCGGCCCUGCCCAGGAGGAUCUCCUGGUCUUGCCAGCUUCUGGGAUGUUUCCUGUGCCCUGUGGGAGGCUGGUGGUAGGUGCAAUGCUGGGAGCCCUGCCACGUAUUGCUGAAGCCAAGUGGAGAACUUUCUAGGAAAGCAGGCUAUGCCUCCCUCUGUGUUUGUUUUGUGUUUUGUUUUUUGUCUUUUGAGGGCCGCACCCCUGGCAUAUGGAGGGUCCCAGGCUAGGGGUCUAAUUGGAGCUGUUGCCGCCAGCCACAGCCACAGCCACAGCCACACCAGAUGCGAGCUGCAUCUGCGACCUACACCACAGUUCAUGGCAACACCGGAUCCUUAACCCACUGAGUGAGGCCAGGGAUCGAACGCGCAACCUCAUGGUUCCUAGUCGGAUUCAUUUCCGCUGUGCCAUGAUGGGAAUUCCCCUCUGUGUUUCUUAAUUCCAACCCAAGCUGACUCAGUUCACCUAAAGCCGGUCACCUUGCCUAUUGGGCAGAAAUAACGUGGUUGAUGGUGAGAUUCAGUGAAACCAGCCAAAAGAAGUUCUUAAGUACAAGGAGCAGGCAGCCAGACCUCAGAAGUGAAGAAGCAUAACCCAGGUUCAGGGGCCAGCGUGAGCCAAGAUCCACAGCCAUGGAACAGCCUGAUGUGAGAGGGCACCUCAGAGGCCCCGGGUCAGAGCUAAAGAGGGAAGAAGGGCCUGACUUGGGGGGACCCACUGCAGGUUCAUGCCUGACCCUCUGGAGCCCAGGUUCUCAGUGUGUCCUUGGACCAGAGCAGAAGCAUCACCUGGGGUCUAGUGAGAAAUGCAAAUUAUCAGGCCCUACCCGAGAAACUCCAGGGCGGGGCCCAGCAUCCAUGUUUUUAAUGAGCUCCCUGAUCCUGAUACACACUAAGGUUUGAGAACCACUCAGAAGAGGAGGAGGAUUUGAGCUGGCAUUGGGAGGAUGUGAUGGUUAACAAGAUAAAAUAAUAAAUAAUUGUGUAGUGAUACAAGGGGACCAAGGCAGAUGGUCCCACCCCGCUCCAGGGCCUCCAGGCUCUAAUCCACACUCCCUUAAGCAGUGGUUUCAGGGAACCCUGGUCCUGGUCCCAAUUCCACUCCUCCCCUGGGGCAUGAGCCACUGCCUACCAGUCUCCCUUCAUCCUGGAGAAAGAUACAGCCCGGGAGAAAUUGUGGUGAGGCUGCCCAUCCCUAGGGAGUCCACCACCAUGGUUCCUGUAAGCUGAGCAGGUCCACAUUUUAGGGAGAAACAAACUGCAGCAAUGACCCUGCAUCACCAGAAGUGGUCUCUAUACAGCCUGGAGCCAGCCGGUGCCUGGCAGGAGGGCAGCCGGUCAGUUAAGGACACUGCCUGUUUACUGCAGCAUCUCUCCAUCAGUGAUGGGUUUGGGGCAUGCAGUGUCACAAGGCAGGCACUAAAUUGGAUGAGGAAGGAAUGGCUUUUCUUGGAAGGGCAGUAACUCAUGCCGGAUGUUACCGAAAGUAGGAAACAAAACCCCAAAACAAACCUGCAACCUUCCCUACAGAUGAUGUCUUGGCCCUCAAAUUUCUAAGACCCACAAAGGUGCCAGGCUCCACCAAGGCUCUUUUUCCCCAUUAACCAGAUCCCCGAGGUUCACAAUGAUGGAUUUAGAUUUUUGUUUUAUGGUUUUGACUCAAUGAAGGUCCACCAACCUUUGGAAGGAGCUAGUUGGUGCCCUACCUGUCAUGGACACUUAGCUGUGGGUACAGAGUCCAUCUUGGUGUAAGGAUUUCUAAGGCUUGGAGUCAGAGGACUGGGCUACUGGGCUUGGGAUGGAAGCCUAGAGGAGAAAUGGGCUGGGCAGGAGCCCAGAUACAUGGCCUCGGUGAUCCAGCACCUGCCGUUUCGUUCCUAUGAACUCCGAUUCCCUCCUGAUCAUUCCUGGUCCUCUCAGCCUCUCCUCGCUGAGUCCUCACAAACACCCUGCAGGACCCUUCUUUUUCUCCCGCCCAACUUGGAAAAGUUCUUCCGAUCACAUGCCCAGUCUCUGAGACCACAGAGAUCCCAUUGGGAAUAACUCAUCUCUAACAGACGGGGACAUACAAAUGAGAACAGAUAGGAUCGGCCAGCUGUGUUGGGAGAACCAGACCCGAGAGGAGAAGGUAAAGCCUUGCUUCAUGUUGCUUAGAUCCAGAAGCGCUUCUCUUCACCGCCCAGCCUCUCUUUGUGAAUUCCCUUAGGAAACAUUUCUCAUCCAGGACCUCGACAAUUUUAUAUAUUUCCCUGAGGCCAGUCACUUACUACACAAGCUCCUAUGGGACAAAAGGGCGAGGAAUGGAGUGGCAGAAAGUGGAUGGCACAGCCUUUGGCAGUUCUGGAAACAGGGUGGGCUUUGUUCUCGCUGGCAGGCAGGACAGGGGUGCACUGCGGACUGAGGGUGAUGGGCUCAGAUCCAGCCAGGACACCAGGUGGUGUGAGUGAAUAAGGGGGCAUGUUCAUUGGGAAGCCUGGGUGCAGGUGAGACACCUGGGGUGUCACUGGGCAGGAUACACCAGCCAUUUACAUUUAUCAGAAACAACAGAACCAUGUCCCAGCACCAGCUGGCUCCUCCAGUUCUGAGUGGCAGGGGAAGCCAGUCCCUUUGGGUCAUGGUGGUGACACAUCUCCACAGUCAGGGGCCCCCCUCUCCAUGAGAACUUUCAGUGUAGUGAAAGGGAACAGCAGCCUUCACUUUUCGGUACCUGAUGGUGUCCAGGACCCUAGAAAACAAGGUCAUGUGAGGCUAGGAUGGUUCCCCAAAUCUUGCCUCCUCUGCUCUCAUAGGCCCCCUCCUCAAGCAAGAAGAGUAACAUCUAUAGAAACACCCUGGGUGUCUAGCACACACCUGGCUAACAGUAUGUGCUCCAUAAACACUGAAGUAAAGGGAAUAUCCGAGAUCACUUAGCCCCCACAAAUGCACAGCAUUGCAAAAAUUACGAUGCUCACAUGGAGGAAAAUUCCUCCCUCCUUUCUCUCCAUGUACAAGUUGAGGUCUUUUAUAAAAUCACAUAGAGGAGGAUGGAAGGACGGAAUAAAAAGGAAAAUACUCCUGCAGUCCCAAUGGAAAAAAGGAGUGGGGUUAUUUGAAGAGGGACCCCCACCCCUGGCCGCCUCCCAGCUAUAACCAAUCAAAGGAGACAAGGAGCGGGUAGGUGAGCCUUGAUGAGCCCACUUGCUCCGUCUGCCCCAAAGGUCAUGGGCAGUGUCCCAACUGAGGAAAGAGCCAUACUCUGUUAAUACUCCCAGCCCUGUGCUGCUCUCCAGGCCCUGUUAACAGAUUCACUGCAGAGGAGAUUCAUCAAGAGGAAGCUCAAUUCCCAAGAGACUAACGGAGAGAGGGCGACAGCCAUGAGAAAGGCCAAAAAUGCAGAGGGUGUGUAUUAAUCACAUGCCACAGAAACAUGUCGGCUCUGAUGUCCAUUUGCUUCUAUCUUGAAAUGAAAAUGCAUCUCUGCUGCCCAGACCCUUUCUCCUGAGCAUUUCAAAGCAGAAACAGCACAUAUACACACACACAGUCACACGUGUGAAGGGUUAUUUUCCUUAACAGAAAAAGCUGUCAGAGAAAUGAGCUCACACGUUGUGUCUAUGUGCAGAAGCAGAGAUUGAAUCAACCACAAGUCUCAGCUGUAGGCUCCAGCCCCUGUUUGGGAAAGGCAGUGGAAGGGGUGAGGAGACAUCUGCCCUUUGGAGGGGUUCAUUAACAGCUCUGUGAUGGGGCUCUUCUUGUGGCUGAGGGGGUUGCAGAUGGGAAUAUGAUGUGCACAACCACCCCUCAAGACUAAGGGACAUUGCCCUGGUGAAUGUGGAACCCAAGGAUCUGGAACCUCCCCCCCCACCCCCCAGCUCCCUUAAGUGCCUGCAGGGGAGCCGCUGAUACAUGGGAUUCAGGAGUGGUCCUGCCCAUCUUCACUAGUCAAUUUCAAGUGAUGGAAACAAGUUUUUUGGAGGUCAGGAAGCUAGAGACGAGACCCACGGCUGAUUACUCAGAAAGCAAGAGAAGAGAUUGAUGGGAGAGGUGACUCAGAGUUGAGAGGAAACAGGUGAGGCUGAGCAGGAGUGAAAGCAACGGGGGGACUUCCCUCACCCAGGAAGUCAGAGGAUUGUUCUGUAUUGAGAGCCACCUCCAGGUUUCAGCCAACUGUGGGUGAGUCUGGCCAGGUGACCCCAGAGGCUGUCAGAUGAAUUGCUUCUUAUGUGAAGGUUGUUUCAAUUCUUUAUUAAACUAGCCAUGAUGGUUCAGUCCACCUGGUUGCUUCCAGCCUGACCUCAGUGGUUUCCAAAAAGGAUUGUUGGUAUCCUGAGCUGGACAGGCUUGUAGGGAGAUUGAAGGAAACCAGUUGGUAGUUGAGAAAAGAAAUUGUAUGAGGAAAUCAGUUGUUUUCAGAGAAAUCUGUAGGUAUUAGAGUGGGUGUGUCAUGGACAUUAUAAUGUCAGUAAGGUAAGAGUUAGAAUGACUUGGUGGGGCAUUUGUUUGGAAAAUAUAUUCACUGUAAACUAUCAGAGAUGAUAGCUAAGGAUAGCUAAAUAUAUGUCAUAUGCCUAUCUAUAAGACAGAAAUAAGUGAGAUUUAGAAUGAAUAUACUGAUGGUCCCAACACAUUUUAAAUUUCUUGGAAGCAUUUUAAUUACAUUCCUUGGUUUGGAUGUUACACUUUUUCUUUAGUGGUUGUCUACUUCUGGCUUACAAAGCACUGGAACAAUGCCUGGCCCAUCGUAGGCAUUUAACAAGUGUUUAGAAAUUGAAGGUCCAGGGAGUUCUCGUUGUAGCUCAGUGGUAUCAAACACAACUAGUAUCCAUGAGGAUGCGGGUUCAAUCUUCGGCCUCGCCCAGCUGGUUAAGGAUCUUGCAUUGCCGUGAGCUGUGAUGUAGGCUGGCAGCUGCAGCCUACAGCUGAUUCAACCCCUAACCUGGGAACUCCUACAUGCCCUAGGUGUGGCCCUAAAAAGCAAACAAAACAAAACAAAAAAAGGUAGGAAGAAAUUGAAGGUCCAUUUGUCACCUCUAGGUAGACGCUUAGUAUCAUCACUGUAUACACCAAGUUGAGCUGCAGAGAAGCAGCGCAGCCACAUCCCCCUUGUAGAUCAUCACAACUAGCGGAGCAGAAGCUUUUGCGGAUUCACAGGUUUGGCACUGCGUUCAGCAAGCUGCAAAUCCUGAAUUGGGCUCUCUGACAGUGAUCAGUGAUGGGCUAUAGCAUUAAGUGAGUGGGUACCACUUAAACUACAUCUGCAUAUAGGGCGUGGAGCUCGGGGCUCGCCUCCUAUUGCCUCUGCCAUUUCCUAGACAUUCAGCGAAAUGCUGUUGAGUUUGGCCAAUUUCAGAUACAGUUCUGGAAUUAAAUGAAAAGGUUCUGGACUCAGCUGAUCUGAAAGGUCUGGUGAUUCUUUUCCCAACCCUUCCCUUCUCCCUUAUCUGGAGAUGCUGCCACCAUCUUGGCACCCAAGACGGCUUGGGUGGCUGUUCAUCCCUACCUGCCCAGCCGUAUUGUGAGGGGGAAAGGUGUGAUGAGCUCUCUCUCCUCAAAACCUCUAGCGUGUUGAUGUUGCAGAUGGAGGAAGGACCAGCAGCAUCAUUUUAUAGAAUCAACUUCAACCACUAUUGCUGUGCAAGCAUUACUGUCAGGUUGGCCAGAGUGCCUCUUGUGAUGGCUUCCUGCAUCUCCCUGGGUGAGCCAGUGUGUGCCCGGCACCCGCGUCAGACUGAGCUCUUCCAGCUGCCUCAGAGUGAAUUCCUUCAAUUGAGAAAAUAUGUUUUUUUGCUAUAUAUACUAUUGUGUGUAUGAGUGUGAUACACUGCAAACCCUGGACUAUCUCGUGAGAAGGACAGUAUGCAUUUAUAGAAUGCUGAGUCUACUCGAUGAAUGAGGUUGCCCAGUCACAAACAAUCAGAGAAAAUGCCCUUUCACCUCCUCCCACCCUCUCUCAGCACCCUUCUCCUGUUUCAUCGAGCUGUCCUACCCAGGCUGACACAGUGAGGGGCACUGAGAAUCUGUAUGUAUAUAAAGAUGUAGGAAGAACUAAGAACCGUGACAGGAAUUUGUUGAGCUUCUUCCCAUGACUGUGAUCUUACCCUGUUUGAAUCACACACUUGAAAUUUCGAACAAUGAAGAUUCUUGCCAUUUCCAAGUACUUUGUUAAAUGCCUAUUCAACACAGAUAUUUAUUUUCAGCCUUGGCUUGUAAAUGCCUACAAACUGAUUCAUGUUGGUGGUCAUUACGACACUUUCUGUGAAUUGGUGAAUAAAUAUGAUUUUAGAAUUUCACAGUAAA